CUAUUUGAGCUUUGUUUGGCCUGCAUCGCAAAGAUUCCGAUGUAUUGUACCAUUUAUUUGUUGUACACUUGGUACUGAUAUAUAUUAUGUGAACUGCCAUGUUAACAUGUAAAGACUGAUUUUCUGCCAUCAUUAUUAUGCAAUCCCAUUAAUUUGGUUUUGCUUUGAAUGAGCUAUCUAUUGCAGUGCUGCCAACCUAUGUUAGAGCAGAAAGAUGCACACACCAUUUUGUUCAAUAUGUACUGUGCGUGAAUUAAUGUUUAUGUGAUCUUUGCUCACUUUAUCUGUCCAGGAGUGUUGUAUUUGCCUAUCGGCUUACGAUGACAGUGCAGAGUUGCGCGAACUACCCUGUAUGUGUUCUCCAGUCGCUGAUACCUGGGUAUGGUUUUGGUUUUGUUGUGGUGAUUGUCAGGCGCGAGGAUGCUGCAGCAUUCGAACAGCGCCAACGAGCUGCUCUUGCGCCGGAAGCUGGAGGAGCAGCAGCAGGCUGCCGAACUUCAUCACGCCAUUGAGCUCCAGAGCCGCCGCCUCAUGGGUCUCCAGCUGCUCGACCUCAAGGCUCGCGCAGCUGCGACAACAGCAGCGGCAUCGACACUGCCAACACCAGUUGCCAAUGCCUUCGCGUCCAGCCAUCCUUUGAGCACCAUGGCAGUCGAGUCGCCACUAGAGUCCGGAGAGCAGCUCAAGCUGAGCAGUGGGUUUGCUCUGGAGGGGAAGCUCAACGGUGGCGAUAAGGAAGAAUCUGCUUGCGAGGCGAGCCCUGACGCCGCUGAUAGCGACCAAAGGUGGAUUAAACAACCCAUUUCAUCAUUCUUCUUCCUUGUUAGUUAUGAUUCCGCUUGCCUUUCAUGA